CGUGAUCUGAAGCGACCGGCUGUGACAGCGGGUUAACGGGCGUGACGUCUAAAUAGUGUUCAGAUCAAACAGGUGAACCAGCAGAGGGUAGUAUGGAUACCGCAACAGGACAAGGAGAAUCUGCAGUGGCUGGUGUGGAUGCAAUAGCAGUACAACAACAUCGUCAAGAAACAGCAGUGGCCAGUGCAGAUGCACCAACAUUACAAGAACAAAGUGAAGGACGUGCAGAAGGCAGUGCGGAUGCCCCAACAGGACAAGAACAUAUUGAAGAGCCUGCUGAGGCUAGUGUGGAUGCAACAACAGAACAAGAAAAACAUCAAGAAACAGCAGUGCCUAGUGUGGAUGCACCAACUGGACAAUAUGCCCAGCGAGUAGAAACUUUUAUUAACGAAGUGGCUGCUUUGGACCAAGCGCUUUCCGACCUUCGAGCUUCACAACAGAAAGUUAAAAGGUUGCUAGCAAUUUCACAAGCUGGCAUUACUGGACUAUUACUACCAGUGGCUAACCCACGAGGAGUUGUAGGACGCCACAUUGCUGCACUACCACAUCGAAGGUCCCAGCAAUAUCGAGUUGUAAAAGCCAAGUUCGAUGCACUUAAAGAAGCAUAUUACCAACUAAGAGCUGCAGAAGUCAAUGGGGUUGCUCUAGCAGAAAAAGUUACAGAAGAUGGAAGGGCUGUCUAUGGAGCAUGGGGAUCCCAGGAAGUAACAGCUGAAGGAGACAGCAUGACUUUAGUAAAGAAUGCAAUUGAAGGACUAUUAGCAGUACUGGCCAAUUCAAACGCUCUAGUUCAAGCGGUGGAACAGUUUGCUGUUCCAGCAGGAGCUUUCCUGUCUAGACUUCGAAGGCAGAGUGCUGCUUUCCGCUCACAUUCUGGUUAAUAUGGAACCCUUUCCUCGUAGUGCUUAGUAUUUUGAUCCUUGAAGUGUGUAAUACAUUGUCUGUACUAUUAUAUUAAUUUAAUCUCAUUAUCUUCAUGUAAAAAAGUCAACAGGUGGUCUUAUGGAACAGUCAGACUUGAGCAUGACUGGAUAUUCUUUUGUGUUGGUCACCUGAGCACAGGUUAUGUUAGUUUUCAAAGCAUCUGAGUUGUCUGUUUGUAUCACAGCAAUCAUAGGAGAUACAGAAAAAGAUGAACUUUUUUAUUACAAAUGUGUGUCAUUUCCAUGUAAACUAUAACAUAUGAGGAUGAAUAAAAUCAUAAAGCAAAAAUUGUGAAAUUACAACCAUUUAAGCAAUCAAUAAUACAGUAACAAGGUGUCAGAUAAAAGACCUUACUGAGGUGCAUCAGCUGAUGUACCCAAUUUUGUUAGCAUAUCAUAUUUUAGUGAUAAAAUAAAUUUUAUCAAAGUCUGUUUAAUUAAUCAGACAAGGUAUCUACACAUAAUAGCAAUGUAGCAUUUUUUAGGAUGCAGUUUCCCAUACUACACAGUAGUUUAAUUAAUCAGACAAGGUAGCUACACGUAAUAGAAAUGCAGCAUGUUUUAGGAUGCAGUCCCCCAUCCUACAUAGUAGUUUAAGAUGUAUGUCUCACAUGAGUAAUUAAGUUACUUCUAGACAAUUAAUGCUUUUGUAGUUAGUAACCCAUAAUUUAAACUCUAUUACAGUUAUGUGAAAACUGAUUGUACUAACAGAAUGGGGAGGUAAUUUCCCUUAAGAAUGAUGUACCACUUUUUGUUAGUAAUGAA